AUGUCCAGCAGUGCAAAACCACCAGUUUGGUUUAUCACCGGAUCGUCAGCAGGCUUGGGACUUGCUUUGACUCGAUAUGCCAUUGCGAAGGGCCACAUUGUCAUCGCGUCAUCGCGCAACCCUUCAAAGACGCCAGACUUGGUGUCGGAGGUUGAGGAUUGCGGCGGGAAAUGGCUCAUGCUCGAUGUGACACAGCCAGAAGGCGAAAUCAACAAGACAAUGCAAAUUGCAGAGCCCCUCUUCGGCGGCAUUGACAUACUCGUCAACAAUGCGGGCAUAAGCGUUCUGGGCGCUUUGGAAGAUAUACCUGACGCCGACACUGUCCACCAGAUGUUGGUCAAUUUUCUUGGACCAUUGAGGAUCAUGCAGGCUGUUCUUCCUGGGAUGAGAAAACGAAGAUCUGGGGUGAUCAUGAAUGUCUCCAGCACACAGGGCAUCGCCCCAGGCCUUGCGUGCGGCGUCUAUGCAGCAAGCAAGGCUGCACUUGAAGCUGCAUCCGAGUCUUGCAGCCAGGAAGUUGCACAAUUUGGGGUUAGGGUUCUCAUCAUUGAACCAGGUGCAUACAGGACGGAGUUUGGCGGUUCGAGUACUGGCAAACACAUUGAACCGUCACUGGAAUAUCGCGGUGAUCACCCGGUGACUCAAAGACUUCAACUCAUUUCAACGUUGCCGAAAGUCGCAAUGGGAGACCCUAGCAAGGCUGCUCAAGUCAUGUUCCAAGCUGCAACAGGAGAAGGCGAAGCAGGGGAGCUAAUCAGGAGAGAAAACCUGUUGAGAGUGAUCAUUGGCCCAGAUUCCUGGAAAGGGAUCGACAAAAAGGUCACUGAAUUGCGACGGACCACAGAUAUCCUCACAGAGGUCGCAGCGAGCACAAACUUUUAG